AUGGGCUACGAUUCAGAAAAGCCCGGAGAAGGCAAUAGAAGCGUGCUGCGAGCAGUAGAAGUGCGCAGAAGGCAGGGAGUGGACGGCGACGCGGGCGGAUCGCACGCAAGUGGCUCCGCUCGGUUGGAGAUGCUGCUCUUCCAGCAUCCGGGGGAGACGUCGUGAGGAUUUUGAGACACCUGGAGAAGUUGUGUCUCAAAACUCUGAACCUUUUCCAAGUGAACCCCUCCCUAUCAGAAUAUGACGACGCCAUCUUCGGACGUGCGAACCUCCAACCGAGCUGAGCCUCUUGCGUGCAAUCCGCCCGCGUCGCCGUCCUCUCCCUGCCUACGCGCUCCUGCUGCUUCCAGCAGACUUCCGAUGCAUUCUCCAGGUUUCUCAGAAACCUCGCCCAUCAGAAUCUCACUACGUCAUCCUCGGACGCUGGAAAAGCAGCAUGUCCAGCAUCCAUUCUUCUACAUUUUCGUAAACUAAAGGGAUUUUGCUGUAAGGAAGCAAAAUAAAUGUGAUAUGGAUUCCGAAAAUGUAUUCUCGAAUUUGUAAAAUAGUCACUUUUACUUCUUGUUUUAAGCGUUUUUACUUUUGUUCUCUUCUGAUCUUCAACGAAUUCUUUGGCGAAUUCUGAAAAUGCCGCUUUCUGCUAAACCGGGCGACAUUACAACACUCCAACGGUCGGCGACGAUUCGCCGGCGGCCAGUGAGACGUAAAUAUGUACGGAGUUCUUGUAAUCGGAGCGCCAGGAGCAGGAAAGUCGACUUUUUGUGCCGGUUUAACAGACAUCUUCAGCCAGACAGAAAGACCGUUCCUCACAGUCAAUCUCGAUCCCGCAAAUGACACGAUGGCCUACCAUCCGGACGUGAAUAUCACAGUCAGUGGACUUCUUUGAGCAGACCAUGUAAAUUUCUUCUUCAGGAGUUGAUUACAGUGAAUGACGUGAUGGAUCGAUUGAGUCUCGGUCCGAACGGAGCACUCAAGUACUGCAUCGAGACUCUGGGAGCGAACAGUGAAUGGUUACUUCAAGUAAGCAGAGAUAAUUGAGAAUCAUCAAAUGGAAAAGUGUUUUCAGAAAAUAGAAGCGAACAGGAAGAAGUAUCUGAUAAUUGAUUGUCCCGGACAGCUGGAAUUGUACAAAAGCGAAGGAGAACUGUGGAAAGUGAUCAGAUAUCUGGAGAAGGCCGGUGUCCGUCUCUGUGCCCUCCACCUCGCAGAUUCCCUCUACUGCAGUGAUCCCGCCAAGUUCAUUUCGGUCACACUCUCCACACUCGGUAUUCCUUUUCUUCUGUUGUUCUAAUAAGUUCUUGUUUCAGCCACAAUGAUGACAAUGGAAAUGCCACAAGUGAACUGCCUGUCGAAGGUGGAUCUCUUUUCUGCAGAAGGCACCUAUGAUCUCGACUUUUUCUCCUACCUUCCCGACGUGAACAGAUUGAUGGAUCUGCUCAAUGAAGUACCCGGAUUGGAGAAGUAUCAAAAACUGAACGAGGCCAUUUGUGGAGUAAGCAACAGUUAUCGUUCGGAAUUUCAUUGCUUUAUUCCAGGUGAUCACAGAUUUCGAUCUAGUCUCGUUUGUUCCGCUCGCAGUAGAAAACAAAGAAUCGAUGAUGAAAGUCAUUCAGUUGGUCGACGCGGCGAACGGAUUCGCGCUCACAGAGCAAGGGGACAUCCGCGAACUUAUUCUCAAUUCAAAGUCUUGA